GUCUUCAGUUCUAGGCGCAGUGUCAUCCACGAUGGCAUCGAAUCGGACCAAGUUUCACGGAUUGCUCGAGCGGCCUUACGAGCCUACGUUUAUUCCGAAGUUGGGUGGACAAGUGUACUACGACCUGCCGGAUGAUUACUUCACGGAGAGAUAUCGUCCGCUAGGACAAACUCUGCAGAGUCGCUAUGGAUCGAAUGUUCAGACGAGAAUUCCUUUACCGAAUAUCACCGUUCCGGAUUUGGCCUUUGCGGAUAACAUUCCUCGGCGUGGAGAUUUCUCCCUAUUCAAUGGAAUGCAUAGACAGGCGGCAGGGAAGCUGAUAGAAUUGUUCCUGAAUCAAACUAAUCCGGAUGCGCUCUGUGGUAUGGCCGCUUAUUGCCGGGAUCGUUUGAAUGGUACCAUGUUCCAGUAUGCCCUUUCGGUGGCCUUACAGCAUAGAAAAGAUACAAAUGACAUUCCUAUUCCGAGCUUUCUUCAACUGUUCCCGGAUCGUUUUGCUGAUCCGACAGUGUUUCCGCAGAUUCAAGAGGAAGGAACGGUUGUCAAUCAGGGUGAUAGAAUGGCCAUCGACAUCCCAAUGAACUACACGGCUUCCGACAGAGAGGUGGAACAGAGGAUGGCCUACUGGCGGGAGGACAUCGGAGUGAAUCUGCACCAUUGGCAUUGGCAUCUGGUCUAUCCGGCUGAUGGACCCCUAAACAUUGUGCGUAAAGAUAGGCGGGGGGAACUAUUUUACUAUAUGCAUCAGCAGGUGAUAGCGCGCUUCAAUGUGGAACGAUUCGCUAACGGUCUUCCUCACAUUCGGCCCUUUGCCCAUCUGAGGGAACCCAUUCCGGAGGCAUACUAUCCGAAGAUCAUCCGGAGCUCGAACAAUCGUUCGUUUCCGGGACGCGGACGGAACCAAGUUCUGAGUGAUCUAAACCGUGUUGAGGAUCAAGUGAUUGUAUCGAUUUCCGAUAUGGAAACAUGGACUGCGCGUAUUUUUGAAGCAAUUGAUAACGGAUUUGCAACUUCGACAAACGGUCAGCAAGUUCCUCUGGACAACAAAUCCGGUAUCGAUGUGCUAGGCAACAUAGUGGAACAAUCAAUCCUCUCUCCCAAUCUGAAUUAUUACGGACGGCUUCACAACGAUGGACACAACAUGCUGGCCUACAUUCACGACCCUGACAACUCUUUCCUGGAAGGAUUCGGAGUUAUUGGAGACAACACGACGGCAAUGCGGGACCCCAUUUUCUACCGAUGGCACCAGCACAUCGAUGACAUCUUCGAACGGCACAAACGACGUUUCAAGCCUUACGGCAAGGAUGAUCUCGCUUUUAAGGACGUGGAGGUGGAAUCUUUCAACGUUCAGUUGAACAGAGCAGGAACAAAAAAUAAUAUCCUGCUUACGUUCUGGCAAAGAUCGCAGGUGGAUCUGGGCACCGGACUUGAUUUUGGACCGGAAGGAAAUGUGUUUGCCACUUUCACGCAUAUUCAGCAUGCUCCAUUUUCCUAUCGGAUAACAGUUAAAAACGAAUCCAAUAGCGUAAAACGUGGAACAGUCCGGCUUUUCCUGGGUCCAAGAACUGACGAGAGCGGAAAAUCGAUCGCGUUUCUCCAACAACGAAGGAUGAUGUUGGAACUCGACAAGUUCAGAGUAAAUUUAAACCCAGGAACCAACAAUAUUGUUCGCAGAUCGGAGGAAUCCAGCGUCACUAUUCCCUACGAACGAACAUUCCGUAACGUGGCCGCCUCCAAUCAGCCCAAUAGUACUCAGUUCCGGUUCUGUAACUGUGGUUGGCCCGAGCACAUGUUACUCCCCAAAGGGACAGCUCAAGGCACAACUUACGACAUGUUUGUCAUGAUUUCGGACUACAGCGGUGAUACGGUGAACCAAGAGUUUGAUGAGAACGUGAACUGCAACGAUGCCCACGCUUUCUGCGGCCUGCGUGAUCAGCUGUAUCCGGACGCCCGCAACAUGGGAUUCCCGUUCGAUCGGGUGGCUUCGUCUUCCGUUACCAACUUGAAAGAAUUCGUCAAACCGUACAACAACAUGGCGACCACACCAGCGCAAAUCCGUUUCACCAACACCGUCAUCGCUCGGACCUAACAAGGAUUUCUCUACCAUUUCCGUAUUGAGUUAAAUACUGACUUGAUUUUUCAUCUACUCAUAGAUAAUCAGCCAUACACGCUAACAGGUUAUGCUAAGGCAAAUUUAAAUCUAAUUAUUGGCAAUAAACUAGCAUAAUUCC